GAAGGAAAGCCGCAAGAAACGUAGGCGUGUCUUUCGGGGUGGUGGUGGCUGGCGAGAGAAAUACUCCGUUUCCCAGCAUGCAGAGGGGCGGAGACGGAGCUCGCCGUAACUGUCCCAGAGCUCGAGCUGGGUUUAGUCAAUCCGAACAAUGACUUCGCCCCCGAAGGCUGCGGAGCGGAGCUGAGCACCGCGCAAAAGCAAUCGCGGCUGUAUUAGGACGAGGGAGUUGUUGGGAAUGGCAGCAGCUGCUGCUGUUUUUUGAGCUGGAGAGCAUCUGCAGCUUUAUUGUUUGCAAAAAAAGGGACCAAAAGGCGCACUCAUGUGGAUUCCUACAGAGCACGAAAAAUACGGAGUCGUAAUUGCGAGUUUUCGAGGAACACUCCCUCAUGGUUUAUCACUGGAGAUUGGAGACACUGUUCAAAUACUAGAAAAAUGUGAUGACUGGUACAGAGGAUUUGCCUUAAAAAAUCCAAAGCUCAAGGGUAUCUUCCCAUCUAGCUUUGUUCACUUGAAAAAUGCAUGUGUUAAGAACAAAGGGCAGUUUGAAAUUAUUAUUCCAGCAGAAGAUUCUGUUAUUACAGAGAUGACUUCUACUUUAAGAGACUGGGGAACAAUGUGGAAACAGCUUUAUGUGAGAAAUGAAGGUGAUUUAUUUCACCGACUGUGGCACAUAAUGAAUGAAAUCCUAGAUCUGCGACGGCAGGUGCUGGUGGGCCAUCUGACCCAUGAUCGGAUGAAGGAUGUAAAAAGGCACAUUACUGCUCGCUUGGACUGGGGCAAUGAACAGCUAGGAUUAGAUUUGGUUCCAAGAAAGGAAUAUGCAAUGGUGGAUCCAGAGGAAAUCAGUAUUACAGAGUUGUACCGAUUGAUGGAGCAUCGUCAUCGCAAAAAAGACACACCUAUCCCAGCAAGCAGCCACCAUCUCUUUCUGCAGAUGAAGAGUUUGAUGUGUUCCAAUCUAGAAGAAGAACUAGAAGUUAUCUUCUCACUUUUUGAUAGUAAAGAGAAUCGACCAAUCAGUGAGAGAUUUUUUUUAAAACUAAAUCGGAGUGGUUUGCCCAAAUGUCCAGAGAAGCCAGAAAGAUAUUGCUCUCUUUUUGUGGAUUUGGGAAGCAGUGAACUUAGGAAGGACAUCUACAUUACUGUGCACAUUAUACGCAUUGGCCGAAUGGGGGCAGGUGAAAAGAAAAAUGCUUGCAAUAUACAAUAUCGGCGACCUUUUGGUUGUGCAGUCCUCAGUAUAGCAGAUCUACUGGCUGGUGAUACAAAAGAUGACCUUAUUUUAAAAGUAUAUAUGUGUAACACAGAGAGUGACUGGUUUCAAAUUCAUGAAAGCAUCAUAAAAAAACUAAAUGCACGCUAUAACCUGACAGGAUCCAAUGCUGGCCUAGCUGUCUCUCUGCAGCUACUCCAUGGAGACAUUGAACAAAUCAGGAGAGACUACACAGCCAUGUUUACCCAUGGAGUAUCAAUAGCAAGGAAGUUGGGCUUUUCCAAUAUUAUUAUGCCAGGUGAAAUGAGAAAUGAUCUAUAUAUCAUAAUAGAAAGAGGAGAAUUUGAAAAAGGAGGAAAAAGUGUGGCCAGAAAUGUGGAAGUCACAAUGUACAUUGUGGACAGCAGUGGACAAAUUUUGAAUGAUUUUAUCUCCUUCGGCUCUGGAGAACCACCAACCUCUGAAUUUCAUUCUUUUGUGUUGUAUCAUAACAACAGUCCCAGGUGGGCUGAGCUGCUGAAACUACCUAUUCCAGUGGAUAAAUUCAGGGGAGCACACCUUCGGUUUGAAUUCCGGCACUGUUCCACAAAAGAGAAGGGAGAGAAGAAGAUGUUUGGUUUUUCUUUCAUCCCUCUGAUGCAGGAAAAUGGAAGGACCCUGCCAGAUGGCAUUCAUGAGCUCAUUGUGCACAAGUGUGAAGAAAAUAUAAGCCUUCGGGAUUCUAGUCGCUACCUCAAAUUUCCCUUUUCAAAAGGGCAUCUCCUUGCAAACAACCACCAAGCAAUAAAAUCUACAAAGGAAUCUUUCUGGAUUACAUCUUUUCUGUGUUCAACUAAACUCACACAAAAUGGAGAUAUGCUUGACCUUCUUAAAUGGCGAGCUCACCCAGAAAAAAUUGCAGGUUGCCUCUCGAAACUGAAAGAAAUUGAUGGUUCUGAAAUAGUGAAGUUUCUUCAAGAUACACUAGACACUUUAUUUGGGAUUUUAGAUGAAAAUUCUCAAAAGUAUGGCUCUCAAGUAUUUGACUGUUUGGUUCACAUAAUUAAUUUGCUGCAGGACAACAAGUUUCAUCAUUUUAGGCCAGUUAUGGAUACCUACAUUCAAAGUCAUUUUGCAGGAGCUCUUGCUUACAGAGAUCUCAUAAAGGUAUUGAAGUGGCAUGUUGACCGAUUUACUGAAGCAGAAAGGCAAGCACACAAUCAGGAAGUAUUAAAGGCCCAAGAAUAUAUAUUUAAAUAUAUAGUUCAGUCUCGGAAACUAUUCUCUCUUGCUACUGGUGGACAAAAUGAGGAGGAAUUCUGCUGUUGUAUUCAAGAGCUUUUGAUGUCAAUACGAUUCUUCCUUUCCCAAGAAACUAAAGGAACCAAUGCUUUAUCUCAGGCCCAAGCAAUCUUUCUCAGUUCCUUCCCAGCUAUAUAUUCAGAAUUGUUAAAGCUCUUUGAUGUGAGAGAAGUAGCAAAUUUGGUGUGUGAUACUCUAGGGAGUUUGCCUAUCAUUACAAAUGCGGAUGAAUCUCUUCAAGCAGUGAAACUUCAGUGCAUUGGAAAAACAGUGGAAAGCCAAUUGUACACCAAUCCAGAGUCUCGGUAUGUUUUGCUACCAGUAGUUCUACAUCACCUUUAUAUGCACCUGCAAGAGCAAAAGGAUCUGAUCAUGUGUGCGCAUAUCCUUAGCAACAUAUUUUCCUUCGUUAAGAAAAAUAGUUCUGACAAGUCAGUAUUGGAAGAAAUAGAUGUAAUUGUGAACAGUCUACUAGAUGUAUUACUCAGAACCAUCUUGGAGGUCACAAACUGUCCACAAGCAGCAGGUUCUACCAUGCGGCUUCAGUUUCAGGAUGUUACAGGGGAGUUUGUUUCCUGUCUUUUGUCAUUAUUGCGACAAAUGACUGACAGACAUUACCAGCAACUCCUUGACAGAUUCAAGACAAGAGACAUGCUGAGAGAUUUCUUGUUACAAAUAUUUACUGUUUUUCGAAUAUUAAUACAGCCAGAAAUGUUUCCAAAAGAUUGGACAGUGAUGCGUUUAGUUGCUAACAAUGUUAUUAUUACAACAGUGUUAUAUCUUUCUGAUGCCCUUCGCAAAAACUUCUUAAAUGAAAACUUUGAUUACAAGAUUUGGGAUUCUUAUUUUUACCUUGCUGUCAUAUUUAUAAAUCAGUUGUGUCUACAGUUAGAAAUGUUCACACCUUCUAAGAAGAAAAAGGUACUAGAAAAAUAUGGUGAUAUGCGAGUGACAAUGGGAUAUGAAAUCUUCAGCAUGUGGCAAAAUUUAGGAGAACACAAAAUCCACUUCAUCCCAGCACUGAUUGGCCCUUUCUUAGAAGUGACAUUGAUACCUCAGCCUGACCUGCGGAAUGUUGUAAUUCCUAUUUUUCAUGAUAUGAUGGACUGGGAGCAAAGAUGUAGUGGCAACUUUAAACAGGUGGAAGCAAAACUGAUUGACAAAUUGGAUAGCUUGAUGUCAGAAGGAAAAGGUGAUGAAACCUACAGAGAGCUCUUCAACAGUAUCCUGCUGAAGAAAAUUGAACGUGAAACAUGGAGAGAAAGUGGUGUUUCAUUAAUCGCCACUGUAACCCGUCUUAUGGAGAGGCUGCUGGACUACAGAGACUGCAUGAAAAUGGGAGAAGUGGAUGGCAAAAAGAUUGGAUGUACUGUCAGCUUGUUGAAUUUCUAUAAAACAGAAUUGAAUAAAGAAGAGAUGUACAUUAGGUACAUACAUAAACUAUAUGAUCUGCACCUAAAAGCACAAAACUUUACAGAGGCUGCCUAUACACUCUUGCUGUAUGAUGAACUGUUGGAAUGGUCAGACAGACCAUUGCGGGAAUUCCUAAGCUAUCCUAUGCAGACAGAAUGGCAACGCAAAGAAUUUCUUCAUCUCACAAUCAUCCAGAAUUUUGACAGGGGAAAAUGCUGGGAAAAUGCUAUUAUUUUAUGCAGGAAGAUUGCUGAGCAAUAUGAAAGCUAUUAUGACUACAGAAAUCUCAGCAAGAUGAGGUUGAUGGAAGCUUCUUUAUAUGAUAAAAUUAUGGACCAGCAACGUUUGGAGCCUGAGUUUUUCAGAGUUGGAUUUUAUGGGAAGAAGUUUCCAUUUUUCUUACGGAACAAAGAAUUUGUUUGCCGAGGACAUGAUUAUGAGCGUCUCGAGGCUUUUCAACAGCGGAUGUUAAAUGAGUUUCCACAUGCCAUUGCUAUGCAACAUGCCAAUCAACCGGAUGAAACCAUCUUUCAAGCAGAGGCACAGUAUCUGCAAAUCUAUGCUGUGACCCCAAUUCCUGAGAGCCAGGAUGUCCUGCAAAGAGAAGGCAUUCCAGAUAAUAUCAAAAGUUUUUAUAAAGUAAAUCAUAUUUGGCGAUUCCGAUAUGACAGGCCAUUUCACAAAGGGACCAAAGACAAAGAUAACGAAUUCAAGAGUUUAUGGGUAGAGAGAACAACACUGAUCUUGGUACAGAGUUUGCCAGGAAUUUCCCGAUGGUUUGAAGUGGAGAAACGUGAAAUUGUGGAAAUGAGCCCAUUGGAGAAUGCUAUUGAAGUAUUGGAAAAUAAAAACCAGCAAUUAAGGACAUUGAUCAGUCAGUGCAAGACUCGACAGAUGCAGAAUAUCAAUCCACUUACAAUGUGUUUGAAUGGUGUAAUUGAUGCAGCAGUUAAUGGGGGAGUUGCCAGGUAUCAAGAAGCAUUCUUUGUGAAGGAAUAUGUUCUGAACCAUCCAGAGGAUGGAGAAAAGAUCACAUGCUUAAGAGAACUGAUGCUUGAGCAGGCCCAGAUUCUUGAAUUCGGUUUAGCAGUCCAUGAGACGUUUGUCCCACAGGAUAUGAGACCUUUACAUAAAAAACUGGUGGAUCAGUUUUUCGUGAUGAAAUCUAGUUUAGGAAUACAGGAAUUUGCUGCAUGCAUCCAGGCUAAUCCAGGUCACUUUCCAAAUGGAAGCCCACGUGUCUCUAGAAAUUCGGUCCCUAUAUCCAUGAGUCCAGAGGUGGGCAGAAUUCCUAGACGUAGUCCAUUAAGCUAUCCAGCUAUCAACAGAUAUUCUUCCUCAUCAUUGUCCUCUCAAGCAUCUGCAGAGGUCAGCAAUAUAACUGGACAAUCCGAGAGCUCGGAUGAAGUUUUCAACAUGCAGCCAAGCCCAUCUACCUCAAGUCUGAGUUCUACUCACUCAGCUUCUCCUAAUGUGACCAGCUCUGCUCCAUCCAGUACCAGAGGGUCACCUCUGUUAUCAGACAAGCUUAAACAUUCCAGAGAAAACUCUUGCCUAUCUCCAAGGGAGAGGCCCUGUAGUGCCAUUUACCCUAAUCCUGCUGAACCUUCACAGAGAAUUGGGUUCAAUCAUAACGGUGAUGGUGCUUUGCCUCGAAGUGACCCUAGUUUGUCUGCCCCUGAGAAAGCUGUAACUAGCACUCCUAGCAGUUGGAGCCUAGACAAUGGGAAAGAAGCCAAAAACAUGUCAGAGAGUGGAAAACUCAUGUCUCCUCCUGUGCCACCUCGUCCCACUGCAUCGCCAGUUCGACACCUAACCUCAGUUUCCCCUUCUACUGGAAGAUCUCCAAUGAAGGCUUCUGUACAAUCAUUUUCAUCAUCUCCUAUGGACUACCAUUCGUCCGGGCUCAUUUCCAACUCUCCAGUCUUGUCUGGAAGUUACAGCAGUGGCAUUUCUUCACUUAGUCGAUGUAGCACAUCUGAAACAUCUGGUUUUGAAACUCACAUCAAUGAACAUCCAGUUCCUCUUUCUAAUUGCAACAUUUCCGAAGAGCCAAUAAGAAAAGAGAGCAAGACUCCUCCACCUUAUAGUGUUUAUGAGCGGACUCUUAGGCGUCCUGUCCCACUACCUCACAGCCUUUCCAUUCCCAUUUCUACAGAUCCACCAGCAUUACCCCCAAAACCUCUGUUGGUCAGACCAAGCAAUUUGGAGCACCGCAGCAAGAGAACAGAACAGGUGCCUCGACCCAGGCCUCUUCCACGAAAAGUAUCUCAGUUAUAAAUAAAAGUCAAAAAGUCAUUUUUUGGAUUACUUAAAUGAAAAACAUAACUAAUAUAGGCACUUUAAUAUUCUUCACAUAUCUUCCUGUUUAUUUUAAAAAACUGCUCAACUUUAAGUACUUAACUAAGUACUAGCUUAAAAAGCCAGAAACUAGAGGCAAUGAGACUGAAAAUUCUAUAUUUAGCAUAGCAAACAGCAAAUGAGAUUCUGCAUAUAAAUUUGAACCUGGAACCUAGCUGUUCAAACAACAUCAAGGCAUACUUUCCCUUGAAAGCCUUAUAUUAGUGCAACAGUGUACUUUCUGACAAUAAAAUUUGAUUUGAAGCUAAUGAAUCCAAUAAAGCUCUUGUGGUUUGUAAUCAUAUUGCACUGGAAAAGGUUCUAUUACAAAGAUGUUGUAGCUGAAUUUCUAGGGGGGAAAAGUUUGGGUUGGUUUCUUUCUACUGACAUGUUAUUGUGUUUUAUUCAAUAUUUGUAUGUAUGUUGUUGGAACUUGUUUCUUACAUAUCUUUUUUCUAGCAUUCUGAUAGUGGUUAGUUAUUUUACAUGCGUGUAGAAUUUGCCCCCUUCCAUUUUAUUUUAUUUUAGAUAGGUGCAAUUUACAGUUCCAUGAAGAUAAUAAAUGUUAAUAAUUAUUGUAUUAUAGAAAAUGUAGCCAAUAUGUACAGUUAUUUUUUUUAAGAUCAUUGAUGUAAGACACAGAAACUAACUUCUCAGAUUAUUUUAAUGGCCAAAAUGAAUAAGUCAUUUUAAAUG